CUGCUGCUGCCGCCGCCGCCGCCGCCGCUCGCUCCUGUUGUUUUCCCAACUCUUGUUCCUGGACGUUUUUGCUGGAAAAAUGGCGCUGCGCGCUCCGUCCUGCAGUCUCCUCUUCUUGGUGUCCGUCCACGGCGUGCUGCUCUUCAGCGCCUCCUCGCCGGGCGCGCGCGCGCUCAGCUUCCCGCAGCACUACACGAUGAUCCACUGGGCAGGACGCAUAGAGAAAGAAAUUGACAAGGUUCUCCAGCAUGUCAGUGGAGUCCAGCAAAUGAGAGGAAUUUACAACGAGAAGAAAAGCCAGUUUGAGAUUAAGAGAAACUCCCCCAAGGAGCUCGUGGAGAAGGUGGCCUCGGAAAUCCAGAAGCUGCUGACCAGGAAGCGGAAGGCGUUGGAGAGGCUGGCUAGAGAAGCAGAGCUGUUGCAGAUGGAGCAUAUCUGGCAGGAUGGCAUCAAGGAGAAGGACGUCGAAUAUUAUGACGCCAAGGCAGAGUCGGACUACUCUGAGGAUGGCGAUGGGGAGGAAAACCUGUUGGAGAACCUCUACUCCUUAAAGCUGGAGUUCGUGGAUGACCCCAACUUCAAGAACAAGGUCAACUACUCCUACACGGCCGUACAGAUCCCCACUGACAUCUACAAAGGCUCACCUGUCAUCCUGAAUGAGCUGAACUGGACGCAAGCGCUGGAGAAGGUCUUCAUAGACAACAGUCGGGAAGACCCCUCACUGCGGUGGCAGGUGUUUGGGAGCGCCACAGGAGUAACCCGAUACUACCCAGCGACUCCGUGGAGAGCACCAAAUAAGAUUGACCUCUACGACGUCCGCAGACGACCAUGGUACAUCCAGGGUGCUUCGUCUCCCAAAGACAUGGUCAUCAUCGUCGAUGUGAGCGGCAGCGUCAGCGGACUCACCCUGAAGCUGAUGAAGACCUCGGUGAUGGAGAUGCUGGACACCUUGUCUGACGAUGACUACGUGAAUGUGGCCAGCUUCAACCAGAUGGCCAAGGCAGUGGUGCCCUGUUUCAAUAACCUGGUUCAGGCCAAUGUUCGCAACAAGAAGAUCUUCAAGGAGGCAGUUCAGCAUAUGACAGCUAAGGGUACCACCGACUACAAAUCUGGCUUCCACUUUGCCUUCCAGCAGCUUCUCAACGACAGCAAUGUCCCUCGAGCCAACUGCAACAAGAUGAUCAUGAUGUUCACUGACGGCGGUGAAGAUCGAGCACAGGACAUAUUUGAGAAGUACAACUGGCCCAACAAGACGGUGCGAGUGUUUACCUUCUCCGUGGGGCAGCACAACUACGACGUGACUCCCCUGCAGUGGAUCGCUUGUGCGAACAAAGGCUACUACUUCGAGAUCCCGUCCAUCGGUGCCAUCAGGAUCAACACCCAGGAGUACCUGGAUGUCCUGGGGCGCCCAAUGGUGCUGGCAGGGAAUCGGGCCAAGCAGGUGCAGUGGACCAACGUGUACCAGGACGCUUUGGGUCUGGGACUGGUGAUCACUGGCACCGUGCCCGUGUUUAACCUCACUGCGGACGGCACCUCAAAGAACCAGCUCAUCCUUGGAGUAAUGGGAGUGGACAUCGCACUCAGUGAGAUCAAGAGCCUAACACCAAGAUACAAACUCGGUGCUAAUGGCUACACCUUCGCCAUCGACCCCAACGGCUAUGUCCUGCUGCAUCCCAACUUGCAGCCCAAGAUCAUUAAUUUCCGAGAACCGGUCACUCUGGACUUCCUGGAUGCUGAACUCGAGGAUGGAAACAAGGAGGAGAUACGACGGCAAAUGAUUGAUGGCAAAUCAGGACAGAAGAGAAUCAAGACGCUCAUUAAGUCGAUUGAUGAGAGAUACAUCGACGAAGCGCUGCGCACGUACACCUGGACUCCCGUCAAUGGCGCGGACUACAGUCUGGGUUUGGUACUGCCCACCUACAGCGAAUACCACAUCCAGGCCAACCUGAGCGACCAGAUACUACAGGUUCAGUAUUUUGAAUCUCUGCUGCCAAACAGUUUUGAGUCCGAGGGACAUGUAUUCAUUGCUCCCAGGGAAUACUGCAAGGAGCUGGAGCUGUCUAAUAACAACACCGAGUUCCUGCUGAACUUCAUCGCUCUCAUGGAGAAAGUCACACCUGACUCGAAGCAGUGCGAUAACUUCCUCCUGCACAACCUCAUCCUGGACACAGGCAUCAUCCGGCAGCUGGUGGACAAGGUCUGGAAGACCAAGGACCUUAACAACUAUGGCUUCCUGGCUGUGUUUGCUGCUACAGAUGGAGGCAUCACAAGAGUCUUCCCCAACAAGGCUGCUGAGACAUGGGAUGAAGACCCAGAGCCCUUCAAUGCCAGCUUCUACCGCCGAAGCCUGGACAACAAGGGCUACAUCUUCCGGGCACCUUACAGAACCUCCAGCGAUGAUUUUCUUAGCCCUGAGAAUGACACCAUUGGUAUCCUGGUGAGCACUGCAGUGGAAAUCACCGUAGGUGGGAAGACUAUAAAACCUGCAGUGGUGGGAGUUAAGCUGGACCUCGAGGCCUGGGUGGAUAAGUUCAAGAUCUUGGCCAGCAACCAGUCUGACGGCCGGCAGAGUUCGCACAAGUGUGGACCAUCCAGCAGCUGCGAAAUGGACUGUGAAGUCAACAGCGAUGACUUGUUGUGCUACCUAAUCGACGACGGUGGGUUCCUGGUCAUGUCCAACCAGAAGGAUCACUGGAACAAGAUUGGCAUGUUCUUCAGUGAGGUGGACCCAUACCUCAUGCAUGCCCUCUACAACAACUCCUUCUACAACCGCAAGCAGUCCUUCGACUACCAGUCUGUUUGCGAGCCGGUGCCCAGCAGUAACACAGGCGCCGGUCCCCGGGGAGUGUUUGUGCCCACCAUUGCAGACUUCCUCAAUCUCGCCUGGUGGACAUCAGCGGCUGCCUGGUCCCUGUUCCAGCAGCUCUUAUAUGGCCUUGCCUACCGAAGCUGGUUCAUCACUGAUGACGUGGAGGCGGAGAGCAUCGACUCAAGAGAGACGAGCUGUGUCACCAUACAGACGCAGUUCUACUUCACCAACAUCACGAGUUCUUACAAUGUGCUGCAGGACUGCGGCAACUGCUCACGGCUGUUUCACGCUAGGAGGAUAAACAAUACCAACCUGCUGUUUGUGGUGGCUGAGAAGAUGCUCUGCAACUCCUGUGAGAUAGAGAAGCUCUCACAGCUGGAGACAGAGUUCAAGAAGACAGACCCCUGUGAGGACAUGCCCCCAGUGCGGUACCGCAGAGGCCCGUCAACUUGCUUCGACUACAACCUCUACGAGAACACUUCGGAUUGUGGGCGGGGUCACUCUUUCCAGCCCUCUUUAGGGGUCAUUACGUUUCUCCAGCUACUUCUGCUUCGCCUGCUGGCCUUUCCACACCACGUACCUCUAACUUCUACUGUUUAAGUCUAGCUGCUCAACCACUUUAUUUCCUCGCUCAUUUCUCCUCCCCUGUCCUCCCCUUUUCCUAACUCUUCACAUGUCCCGUUUCUCUCCCUUCAUCAUACCCAUGUGCGCCUGCAUCUGCCCCCCCCAAACCAUCCUCCUCCUCCUCAUCCUCCUCCUCCUCCUCUAGUUAUAGUUGUUGUGGAGAC